AAGAGAAAGCACUAUAGGUGCUGUGCUUUGGGAAGUGGGACACAGCCUUCAAACCUGAGCAUGGCUGAGUGUUUGCUGUUAAAGGCCUUGUGAGAAACAAGAUCAGACCUGGGAAGACCUGUUGCCAUGUAGACGUUUUGUCCAGCGCUCUUGUCAGGUCUAACUGUAUCUAAGCGUCUCCCGUGUGACCGUGAGAAGAACAGGUGACAUGGGGGACAUCAAAAUAGGAAUAGUAGCUGCUGCAAAGAACCGGUUGCAGGUGGUGAAGGGAUUGGAGGAUGUGGAGGUGGAGGAGUGUGAGAGCUUCUCCCUGGAAGUGACUCUUAACCUGGCCUACAUGGAGGGUGUGUGGAGCAGGGAUGGCACGCGCCUCAAGUCCAAGCCCAACUGUCGGAUCAGCAUGCACGGCAGGAAGCACUCCCUCGUGUUGAAGAGGGCAGCUUUAGGAGAUGGGGGCUUGUACUGCUUUGAGGUCGAUGGCAUUCAGACCUCGGGUCGACUCAGUGUCAGAGCGAGGAACAUCCACAUAGUGACACACUUGGAGGAUGUCGACACAGUGGAGCGUCAACCCGUUAACUUCCUGUGUGAGGUCAACCAGGUGGAUGUGGAUGCUCGAUGGUACAGAGACGACUGCAGAAUCCGCCCUGGCGACAACAUCAAAAUCAGGCACCAGGGUAAAACUCAUAGUCUCUUCUUUAAGUCGGUCAAACCAGAGCAUGCAGGAGAGAUCAGGUUCACCGCGGACCGCGUGUCAUCCUAUGCAACACUCACAGUAACGGAGCUUCCAGUCCAAAUAGUGCGUCCUCUGAGGGUUAAGAUAGCCAUGUACCACCACCGGGGUCUGCUGGAGUGCCAGGUGUCACGACCUAACGCUCAGGUCAAGUGGUACAAAAACAGGAAGGAGGUCGUUCCCAAUAAGAAGCACCAUCUGAUCAGCCAAGACGUCUACAGGCAGCUGGUUAUCGAAGACGUGUGUUCCUCAGAUGAGGACACCUACACCUGUGAUGCAGGAGAUGACAAUACCUCCUGCCAGCUUCUGGUGGAGGAGCAGGCUAUCAGCAUAGUGCGGGGGAUGAGCUCGGUGGAGGUGACGGAGCCGGAGCCGGCGCUGUUCCAGGUGGAGACCAGCUUGAAGUCGGGGAGGCCUCCGAAGUGGACCCUGAACGGCGACGUGCUGGAGCACUGUGCAGCGGUGAACAUGAGCAGGGACGGAACCGUCCACAGCCUCCGCUUCAGCGCCACAGAGAGCUCCAUGUCGGGACCCGUGCUCUUUGUGGCUGGGAAGAGCCGCAGCACCGCUCAGCUCACUGUGAAAGAGCGGCCUCUGCAGGUCGUCCACCACUUGGAGGACACGGAGGCCAAGGAGAGCAGCUCUGUGACGCUGAGCUGCCAGUUCGCCCCUUCGCCGAGGGCGGUGCGCUGGUUCAAGGGCCGCACGGCGUUGAAGACCUCCAAUAAGUACAGCAUGAAGAGAGAGGGCACACGAGCGCAGCUGACCAUCCACGGCCUGACGGGCGUGGAUGCGGGGCAGUACCGCUGCACAGCAGGGGGCGCGGAGAGCAGCGCACACGUCAGAGUGGAAAUGCGGUUGCUCAAGUUGGUCAAACACCUCGAGCCCGUGGAGAUUGAGGAGGACGGCAUCGCCAGUUUCUCGUGUGAACUCAACUACGUGGUCGCCAACGUAGAAUGGCUCCUCAACAACGUCCGCCUCUACUCCAACGCCAUCAACAGGAUCCAGCACAUGGGCACCAUGCACAGCCUCACCCUCAAGAAGCUGCGGCCGCAGCAGAGCAGGGUCACCUUCAAGGCGGGCCUCCUCUCCCAGACGGCCAGCUUAAAGGUCAAAGAGCGCCCAGCAGUGUUCCUGAGAUCUCUGGAGGAUGUUGUGGGAGAAGAGCAAGGGGAGAUCUGCCUGCAGUGUGAGGUUUCCAAAGAGACAGUGGCGCCUGUGUGGAGAAAGGAUAACACGGUCCUGGCUGCUGAUGACAAACAUGACAUACUCCAGUUUGGGAAGUCCAUGGUGCUGAUUGUUCGUUCACUGAGCAAAGAUGAUGCUGGAGAGUACACGUGUGACCUGGGCACCAGCCAGAGCAAAGCUAAAGUCACAGUACAUGACCUGCAUGUGAGUAUUGUCCACCGUUUGAAGACCACCACUGUCCUGGAGGGAGAAGGCUGCACCUUUGAAUGCGUCCUCUCCCACCUUGUCGACGACCAACCGUCUUGGACAAUCAAUGGCCAGGUCGUGAUCUCCAACAGCCGCAUCCAGGUUAUCAGCAAUGGUUGCAAGUAUAAGUUGUCCAUCAGGAAUGCUUUACUGACCGACGCUGGAGAUCUGGUCUUCACAGUUAAAGACCUUAGCUGUAGGACCAUGCUCUUUGUUAAAGAGAAGCCGGUGCACAUUUUCAGGACCUUGCUCAGCGUCAAGGCGGUGCCAGGCGAGGAUGCAGAACUGAGCUGUGAAAUCACCAAGCCAGAAGUCACCAUCCGCUGGCUGAAGAACGGCCAGCUGAUCAGGCAGAGCCCUAAGUAUGAGAUGAGCGUGGAGAAGAACUCGGCGCGGCUGCUCAUCAAAAACACGACCAUCAGAGACUCUGGCGAGUACUGCUGCGAGGCCGAGGGCAUCGCCACCCGGGCCAAGCUUGACGUCCGAGAACUGCAGCACACGUUUGCAAGAGAUUUGAGGGAAACGUAUGCGGAGGAAAAGGGUAAAGUGACCCUUGAGUGCGAGACCAGGCGGCCGGCCAGGCGCGUGACCUGGCUCAGGGGCAUGGUGGAGCUGAGGUCCAGUAGGAAGCACAUCAUCCGGCAGAAGGGAGUGGUGCUGUCGCUGACCAUCACCUGCCUGGAGAAAUCAGACAGCGAUAUUUACAUAUGUGACGUGGGCACUAUGCAGAGCCGGGCUCAGCUGACCGUGCAGGGUUGUAAGGUUCUGAUCCUACAGGAACUGGAGGAUGUUGAGUGUCUCGAAGGCGACACCGUCACGUUCAGGUGUCAGAUAUGUCCCAGCGACUACGUGGGCGUUCGGUGGUACCUGGACGAGACCCUGCUCUACACCAACGAGCUGAAUGAGAUCCAGGCGGUGCCGGGCGGCUUCCACAUGCUCACGUUCAAGCAGCUCGCCCGCAAAGACACCGGCACCAUCUCGUUCGCAGCGGGCGGCAAGCGGUCGUACGCCUCACUUUUGGUCAGAGAGCGACGCCCCACCAUCGUCAGAGCGCUGGAGGACUGUGAGGCCGUGGAAGGCGGCGCGUUGGUUCUGUCAUGCGUGGCCUCCAAACCUUGUCACAUCUUGUGGUACAAAGACGGCUGCCUGAUGUGGAACUCCUCCAGGUACUUUAGCAGUCGUUCCGGCUGUGAGGCUCGGCUGACGAUCCGGGAGGUGUGCAGCGGUGAUGCCGGGGUGUACGAGUGCAGCGCUGGAGCCGUCACCACUAGGGCCACCGUCACUGUCAAAGCCAUCCCAGCAGAGUUCACCCAGCCUCUCGUGGCCGCUGAGGCCAGAGAGGGAGAUUCGGUGACUCUAACCUGUGAGUACUCUCUGCCCGGGGUCCAGUUCCACUGGAGGAAGGGUGUGGAGAGUCUUAGGGCUGGAGACAAAUAUGUGAUGAAACAGAGGAAGACGAUCAACUCUCUGACCAUCAAAGCCCUGAAGCUUGAAGACUCUGGAGAAUAUACCUGUCAGUGCCGGGAUCACAGAACGACAGCAAGCCUCAAAGUGGAUGCUGUUCCCAUUAAGUUCAUACAACAACUGAAGAACAUACAAGCAGAAGAGGGCACUAAUGUCAUGCUUCGCUGUGAGCUGUCCAAACCUGGAAUAGCGGUAGAGUGGAGAAAGGGGCAGGAACCAUUACACAAUGGAGUCAAACACCAGAUACGGAAACGAGAGACCACGCUGGAGCUGCUCAUAUGGAGGUCUGCGCCCGAGGACAGUGGGAUCUACAGCUGUGUUUGUGCUAAUGUCAUGACAUCAGCCACUGUCAAAAUCAAUGCGCUUCCAGUGACCUUCAAGCAGAAGCUGAGGAACGUGGCGAUCGAGGAGGGAAACACAGCGACUUUACGCUGUGAGCUGUCUAAACCUGGCCUCGUUGUGGAGUGGAGGAAGAGAGCAAGCGGCGUCAUCAGGAACGGAGAGAAAUAUCACAUACGGCAGCGAGACAUGCUGAUUGAGCUGAGGAUCUGCGAUGUGAAACUGGAGGACAGCGAUGUUUACACGUGCACCUGUGGAAACAUAGAGACAGCUGCAACUCUGACUGUCAACGCAAUUCCUGUCACCUUCAAACAAAAGCUGAAGAAUCUCCAGGUGGAGGAAGGACACAACAUCACGCUGUGCUGCGAGGUUUCUAAAGCCGGCGUUCCAGUGGAGUGGCGGCUCGGAGGAGAUCUGCUAGAGAGUGGAGAGAAGUACCAGAUGAAACAGCGGGACUCGGCCGUGGAGCUGACCAUCAAAGACGCCGCGCCCGAGGACAGCGGGGUUUACUCCUGCGUGUGUCGACAACAGAGAACCAAGGCCACUGUCAAAGUCAUCGCGGUCCCUGCCACAUUUAAAGUGAGCCUGAGGAGCCAGGAGGCGGAGGAAGGGAGCAGCAUCACGUUACGCUGUGAGCUGUCAAAGAAGGGAGCCCCCGUGCAGUGGCACCGGGAGGGACAGCUGCUCUCCGAGGAGAUAUCACAGCGAAGGUACGAGAUGAAGGUGGAGGGAAGGACAGCUCUGAUGACCAUUCACAGCCUCCGACCAGACGAUGCAGGAAAGUACAGCUGCCUCACAGGAGAUGAGAAAACCACAGCUGAAAUCCGAGUGAAACCACUUCCUGUUACAUUCAAACGGGAGAUCCAGCGCCUGGUGGUGAAGGAAGGGGCCAGCGGCGUCUUCUGCUGUGAGCUCUCCAAACCCGGAGCCUUGGUGGAAUGGAUGAAAGGCAGAGUCGCCAUAAGGCCCGGAGGGAAAUACGAGAUGAAGCAGGAGGGGCGUCUCACCAAGCUGGUUAUUAAUCACACGGAGGAGAGUGAUGGCGGCAAAUACACCUGUAAAACUAAAGACAGCCAGUGCACAGCCGAGCUCAUCGUCCAAGGUCUGCCGCCGAGCUUCCGGCUGCCACUCGUCAGCCAGGAAGCGACCGAAGGAAACAGUGUGGUUCUGCACUGUGAGCUCAAUAAAGCCGCCCCGUCGGUGGAGUGGAGGAGAGGAGCGGAGCUGCUGAGGAGCGGGGACAAGUAUCAGAUGAGGAAGAAGGACCUGCAGGUGGAGAUGAGGAUUACAGACCUCAACCUUGACGACGCUGGAGAUUAUGCUUGUACAUGCGGGGAACAGAGGACGACAGCGAAGCUCACGGUGAAAGAGCGACCCAUUAAAUUUCUUCAAGAUCUGAAGAACAUCCAGGUGCAGGAGGGGAACGGGGUGCUACUGAGCUGCACGCUCUCCAAACACGAUGUCCCGGUGCAGUGGAUGAAGGGAGAUAACGUGUUGACCGACGGAGAGAAGUACCAGAUGAAGCAGAGCGGCUCCACGCUGGAGCUCCUCAUCCGAAAGAGCCAGCCUGAGGACAGCGGCACCUACAGCUGCGUUUGUGAAGACUUGAAAACGACCGCCACCAUCAUCAUCACUCCCAUCCCAGUGACCUUCAAGCAGAAACUGAAGAACCAAGAAGCCGUUGAGGAGGGCAGCGUGACGCUGCGGUGUGAGCUUUCUAAGCCAGGGGUUCCUGUGGAGUGGAGGAAAGACGCUCAACUCUUGAAGGCGGGAGACAAAUAUGAGAUGAAGCAGGAGAGCAGAGUGGCUGAGAUGCUGAUUAGAAACCUGACUCUCAGAGAUGCGGGCGAGUACUGCUGUUCUGUCGGCACUGUGGAGACAUCAUCUGACGUCAAAGUAAGAGCUCUGCCUGUAACGUUUAAGCAAGUGGUGGAAAACCUGGAGGUGAAGGAGGGAGACAGUGGCGUGUUCUGCUGUGAGCUGUCCAAGCCUCAGGCUCCAGUGGAGUGGAGGAAAGGAAGAGUCAUCCUGAAACCUGGUUACAAAUACGAGAUGAAGCAGGAGGGACCUCUCACUAAACUGAUCAUUAACAGCGUAGAGGAGAGUGACGCUGGGAAAUACACCUGCCAGACUAAAGACAGCCAAUCGACUGCAGAGCUCAUUGUCAAAGCUCCUCCAGUCACAUUUAAGACAAAGCUAAGGAGCCAGCAGGUGGAGGAGGAGAACAGCAUAACGCUGAGCUGUGAGCUGUCCAAGCCUGGCCUUCCCGUUGAAUGGAGGAGAGGGGAAGAGCUGCUGAAGAACAAUUUUAAAUACCAGAUAAGGAAUCGAAACAGCAUCAUGGAGCUAACCAUCAAAAAUGCACAACUGGAGGACAGUGGGCUCUACAGCUGUAACUAUGGUGACGUUAAGACCACAGCCGACGUCACCAUUACACCUAUUCCACUCAGCUUCAAAACGGGCCUGAAGAACCAGGAGGCGCCCGAGGGAGGCAACGUGACUCUCCGCUGUGAACUGUCCAGGGCCGGCGUGCCCGUGCAGUGGUGGAAGGCUGAAGACCAGCUCUCUCACGGAGGACGGUACCAGCUGAUACAGAACGGGAAGACGGCUGAGAUGCACAUCAAAAACAUCCAGCCUGAGGACGUUGGGGAGUACAGCUGUGUCUUUGGAGAACAGAAGACAACGGCUGAAGUAAACGUGAGAGCGGCAGCGUCUGUGUAUUUUGAGAAAGAACUCAAGAACCAAGUGGUGAUGGAGGGGAAGUCAGUAGUGCUCUCUUGUGAGGUCUCCAGUGCUAAUGUUCCCGUCACCUGGAGGAAGGACAGCGUUGUGCUGGAAGAAGGAGCCCGGCACAUUUUAAAGAAGAACGGCCCCACACACUCUUUGGAGAUCAAUAAACUGCUUCUGCAGGAUGCUGGGGAGUACUGCUGCAUCAGCAGAGGCAAGAGGACUACUGCCAGGCUGACUGUGAGGGAGCGUGUGCGGAUUGUGACACAGCUGCGGGACGUCACUGUGACAGCUGGAGCGGACGCAGUGUUUGUGUGUGAGCUGAGCCACGCAGACGUGACCGAGGGCGUCUGGUGGCUGGGUCCCAGUCCUCUGCAGAAGAACGAGAUGAACCAGAUGACUUGCCAGGGCCGCCAGCACCGACUGGUCCUCACCAUGACAACGCCCGAGGAGACGGGCACCGUGGCGUUUGUGAUCGGGGAGGAGAGGACGUCCGCACGUCUGUUAGUAGUUCCAAGGCCCAAAGUUUUAAUCGAGAAGAAGCCAGAAGAUGUUGUGAUCAUGGAAGGAGCGAAGGCCACCUUAUCCUGCACAAUCUCUGACGUUACGUCUGAAGUUACCUGGCAGCGCAACUACAUUACUCUGCUCAGUGAUGAUAAAUAUGAGCUGCGUAAGGAGGGGAAAGUCAACCUGCUGCUCAUCCAUGAUGUGGAUCCCCUGGACAGUGGAAUAUACACAUGUGAUACAGGAGAUAUGCAAAGCAGUGCCAAACUCACUGUAACAGAGCUCCCGCCGUUCUUCCAGGAGGAGUUACAGAGCGUAGAAGAAGACGAGGGGCGCUCGGCCUGUCUGUACUGUGAGCUGUCUAAACUUGGAGUGCCAGUUCAGUGGAAGAAGAACAGGCUGCCACUGAAAGCCAGCAGGAAGUAUGAGAUGAGGCAAGAUGGCUGCUUCCUCCAGCUCCACAUCAGGGAUCUGAAACUUGAGGACAGCGGCAGCUACUCAUGUCAGGCGGGAAAUGCAGAGACCACUGCAACUGUGAGAGUGAAAGAGCUCCCUCCGUUUUUUACAAAAAGGUUAAGAAAUGUCGACGCUGAAGAGGGAGGUGCAGCCUCCCUGUGCUGCGAGCUGUCCAAGCCCGGAAUGUCGGUGCAGUGGAAGAAGAACAAGCUGCCUCUGAGAAACUGCGCAAAGUACGAGAUCAAACAAGAUGGCUGCCUCCUCCAGCUCCACAUAAAGGAGCUCAGACCCGAGGACAGCGGCAGUUACACGUGUCAGGCAGGAAAUGCCGAGACUGCUGCAACUGUAGCAGUGAAAGAGCUCCUGCCAUUUUUUCCAGUGCCUUUGCAGAAUGUGAAGGCUGAAGAGGGAGGUUCAGCAACGCUGUGCUGUGAGAUGUCAAAGCCUCAGGGAUCCGUUCAGUGGAAGAAGAACAAGCAGCCACUGAGAGCAAAUGAAAAAUAUGAUAUGAAACAAGAUGGCUGUCUCCUCCAGCUGCACAUCAGGCAGCUCACACUUGAGGAUGGUGGCAGCUACGCGUGUCACAUAGGAAGUGUCGAGACCACCGCCACUGUGACAGUGAAAGAACUGCCCUCAUUUUUCAAGCAAGAAUUGCAAGGUAUGGAGGCUGAGGAGGGAGGUGGCGUCGCUCUGUGCUGCGAGCUGAGUAAACCUGGCGCACGAGUGCAAUGGAAGAAGAACCAAAUGCCCCUAAGAGCCGGCAGGAAGUAUGAGAUGAAACAAGAUGGCUGUUCCCUUCAGCUCUACAUCAAGGAGCUCAAACCUGAGGACGGCGGCAUUUACACUUGUCUGGCAGGAAGUGCAGAGACCACGGCGACUGUGGUAGUGAAAGAGCUGGCUCCGUUCUUCAGCAAAGGAUUACACAGUGUGGAGGCUGAGGAGGGAGCGGCAGCCUCCCUGACCUGUGAGCUGUCUCAGCCUGCAGUGUCUGUGCAGUGGAAGAAAAACAAGCUGCCACUGAGAGCAAACAGAAAGUAUGAGAUGAAGCAGGAGGGUUGCCUCCUCCAGCUCCACAUCAAGGAGCUCAAACCUGAGGACGGCGGCAGCUACACGUGUCAGGCAGGAGGUGCAGAGACCACUGCAACUGUGAGAGUGAAAGAGUUCCCUCUAUUCUUUAAGAAAGACUUGGAAAAUGUAAAGACUAAGGAGGGAGGUGCACUCUCCUUGCACUGCGAGGUAUCUAAGCCCAGCGUGACAGUACAAUGGAAGAAGAACAGUCUGCCCCUGAGAGCAAACAGGAAGUACGAGAUGAAGCAGGACGGCUGUUCACUGCAGCUCCACAUUCAGGAGCUCAAACCCGAGGACAGUGGCACCUACUCCUGUCGCGCAGGAAGUGUAGAGACCACUGCAACUGUGACAGUGGAAGCACUACAACCAGCUGCACCAGAGGCAGAGACUAUCACAACAUUAACUCAAACGCCUGCUGUAGACGGUGAGAGGAAUCACCACCCUGUUCCUCCAGAGCCAAAGAAGAGGACUCAUAGAAAAGCUUCUAUUACAAAUGCACAGGAAGAGGACUCCUCUUUUGGCCUUAAACGCUCCACGAUGUUGAGUGAAAACAAUGAAGUUCAACGUGGCAGCCAUUCUGUAAAGACUGAGGAGAAAGACUUCAGUGACCUGCAGAACAUAAACCAACUUGUGAAGCAGGACAGUGAGGUACACCAAGCAAAUAAUGAGCCCGUGAGAAUAGUGAAGCAGGAACAGAGACCACCGGGACCUUUGGAAGAGUUUAACAAAGUAAAACAGCCAGAGAGGAAGCCAGGUGAAACUGUUGGAAAACAUAUUCAACAGUCCAUAAUAUGUGUGGAAAUGGAACCCGAAAUAGAACAGAUCUCAAGGGAAUCAAGAAGACCUUCAGAAAAAACAGGUGAAGCUGAGAAGAAGCUCACAGGCGUCCUUUGGAGGAAACAUGAAGAUGAAACACAACCUGUGAAACCCCUAAAUGGAAAAGAACCUGUGGAUGAUGCCAAACACAUAGAAAACACAGAUGUUAUAGACAAAACAGAGAAGGAGCCUUUCAGACCAAGAGCAAGAUCUAAAGAGGGGUCAGCAGGAAAGCAAACAAUAACAAGACAUGUUAAAGAGGAAAGAGAGGAAGUGAUUUCCCAAUCAAAGCCUACAGAAGACACCUAUAAGCCAAGAGAGGAUGUGAAACAAGUGUCCAAGGAGGCAGACAGAGAAAAGACACAAACAGAUGACAUGGGUUCUAUUAAUGACCUGGGUAAACAGUCAGCAGAAAAACUAGAAAAGUCUUUAGGACAGGAGGUAAAAUCUGUCGUUCCAAAAGCGCCAGUGAGGACAAAGAGUAAAACCAAGGGUGGAGUAGAAAAACAGUUAUCAAGGGACACUGGGACCGAUCAAGAUGAACAAGAACUGACACCAGUCAUGGUCAAAUCUGUGACCGGUCUGCCCAUAAAACAGACACUGAUACCUGUGAAAAGAGAAGCCGAGGAGAACACAGUUACACCAGACAUCAAAAUCAGAAAGAGAGAACAGCAGAGAGAGAGGGAACAACAGAAGGAGGGAGAACAGCAAAGAGAGAGAGAACAGCAGAGAGAGAGGGAACAACAGAAAGAGGGAGAACAGCAAAGAGAGAGAGAACAGCAGACAGAUGGUGAACAACAGAGAGGAGAACAGCAGAGAGAAGGAGAACAACAGAAAGAGGGAGUACUGCACAGAGAGAGAAAACAGCAGAGAGAAAGAGAACAGCAAAGAGAGAAAGAACAGCAGAGAGAGAGGGAACAACAGAAAGAGGGAGAACAGCAAAGAGAGAGGGAACAGCAGAGAGAUAGAGAACAGCAAGGAGAGGGAGAACAACAGAAAGAGGGAGUACUGCACAGAGAGAGAAAACAGCAGAGAGAAAGAGAACAGCAAAGAGAGAAAGAACAGCAGAGAAAGGGAGAACAACAGAAAGAGGGAGUACAGCAGAGAGAGGGAGAACAACAAAGAGAGAGACAACAGCAGAGAGAGAGGGAACAACAGAAAGAGGGAGAACAGCAAAGAGAGAGUGAACAGCAGAGAGAGAGGGAACAACAGAAAGAGGGAGAACAGCAAAGAGAGAGAGAACAGCAGAGAGAUGGAGAACAACAGAGAGAGGGAGAACAUCAGAAAGAGGGAGAACAACAGAAAGAGAGUGAACAGCAGAGAGAGAGGGAACAGCAGAGAGAAAGCGAACAGCAGAGAGAGGGAGAACAUCAGAGAGAUAGAGAACAGCCGAGAGCGAGACUACAGAAAUUAAAGAAAGCAACCCAGAAAGACAUUAACAAGCCUAUCAAGCAGUCAGUAAAACCUAUGAGAAAAGAACCUGAAAUGGCUGUGAACCUGGAAGCUGAAGCAAAGAUGGUAGACGAAGAGCUGCAGGCAGCCGUAACAGAGGACGUUCUCCUUCUGUCAGGAGAUGAAACCUUUUCUGAGGCUUUAAGUGAAAUGCCAUUGAAGCAGCCUGACAUCCACCCAGUUCACUCCUCAGGUCAGGGGUCAACCCAAGCCCCUGUCCCUCCCCUGCAGACCCAACCCUCCAAUGACGCAUCACCUGACACUGAAGUCAGCACUGACGACCAACCACAAAUGCAAGAGGCUGCAGUCAAGAUACAGGCUGCCUUCAAAGGCUACAAGACCCGCAAAGGCAUGCGACCGCUCUUUAAGGAGGUGUUCAAGAACCAGAGUGCAGAUCUGCAUGGUACAGUCACUCUAGUUUGUGUUGUCGAAGGAAAAGCCAGCUCAGUGCGGUGGCUGAGAAACGGCCAACAAAUCAGCAAGGACCCGCGAUGUCGCACUGAGGCUGCAGAGGACGGGGUCUGCAGCCUUGUCAUAAAGAACCUGACCACUAAUGACACGGGGACUUACACGUGUGAGGUAGUGAACAAGUUUGGCGUCACCUCCUACAAUGGGAACUUAACAGUGGUGCCGCCUCAGCAGCCUCAGCAGCCUGCUCCAGCAGCCCAGAAGCCUGUGCACCCGCCGCUCGCGGCCAUAGCCCCCCUGCAGCCCGCCGCAGCAAAGCCCGCUCCCCAGCUCGAAUCGCAGGCUCAGGCUCAAAUACCUGCUCCGGUUGAAGAUGCUGCAAAUUACGUAGAAAGUGUGAGCAUCUCCCUGUGGGAGGCCUACAACCUGACGGAGCAGGUUUCAGCAGAGGGCUCACGCGAGAGGAGGGGCUCGUCGCUCAUCGCCGCCAGCUCCGUGUCCAGUCCCUCUGAUCAUGAAACAGCUCCAGAUGUGAUGGAAAAUGUUGAGACCAGUGCAGCUGUACCAAGAGAAGUGCCAAAACCAGUGGAACCACCUAUACUGGACGAAAAAGAAGACAUGGCUGUUCCACAAUGUACUAAGAAACUACUGAAGGUCAAAGGCGCUCAUGAAGGCAGGACGCCGUCUCCAAAGCACCGCGCCCACACUCCCCUAACCAGCACGGUCUCUGGAUCAGAGUCAGAGGGGGAAGGUGACAGGCGAGAGACAUUCGACAUGUACGUGGCCCGAGCCGACUGCAGUCCUACCGGUGGGAAUAAAGAGCACUUUGUUGUGAAGGAGGGUCAGUUUGUGGAGGUCCUGGACUGUGUCCACCCUGACAGAUGGUUGGUGAGAACCAAGCCCACCAAAACCAACCCUGCUCGACAGGGGUGGCUCUGCCCGGCCUAUCUAGAAAAGAAGAGAAAGGAGACCUUUCCACAUCUGAGAGCACCUCAUGAAGAUCUUGAUGGUAUUGGGUCCACGGGAGAAGAGUACAGGAGAGCUCUGAGCCAACUGGUCCAAGGCCUGAUUGAUGGAGAGGAGGAGUUUGUUAAAGAGAUGAAGACGUUCACAUCUCACCAGCUGAAUUAUCUGGACUCCAGUCGCCAUGUCCCAAUCAACAUCCUUAACCAGAAGGAGAUCAUCUUCAGGAAUAUUAAGGACAUCGUAUUUCUGCACGAGAGGUCCAUUCUGCCUGGUCUCAGAGCCUGCGCCACAGAUGACGACGUGGCCGCGCAUCUGCUCAAGCACAGUGAAGACUUUGAGACGUAUCUUCACUACAUGGUCGGCCAAGCUCAAGCAGAGGCCUGCGUGGCUGACAAGGCUGCCCGGCAGUAUUUCAAUGAGUUGACAGAAUGCAGCAAGCCUGAUGCUGUUGUCAUGGACGUCCUCACCUUCCUCCGGCGACCAGUGGAGAGGAUCCAAACGUACCAGGCUUUAUUGAAGGAGUUCAUCAAGAACAAAGCCAAAAGUGGUCAAAACUGCUGUCUGUUAGAGGACGCUUUCUCCGUGGUGUCCUGUCUGCCCUGGAGGUCCGACAAUCUGCACCAAGUGUCCCUGAUCGAGAACUACCCGGCACCUCUAACUGCCCUGGGGGAGCCUGUGCGCCAGGGGAUGUUCACAGUGUGGGAGGAAUCCUCGGACGAUAAAACCGCCUCUAGAGGUCACCAGAGACAGGUGUUUCUCUUCAGAGAAAGUGUGGUGCUGUGCAAACUGAAAAGAGACACCAGCAUCAACAGUGACACCUGCACCUUCAAGAACAAAAUGAAACUGAAUGAUGUGGAAAUCAAAGAGUCCGUGUGUGGAGAUGACAAGUCCUGGGGGCUGUGGCAUGAACACAGGGGGUCCCUACGGAGGUACAUCCUACAGAGUCGCUCCGCCCUGGUUAAACUCUCCUGGCUCAAGGACCUGAAGGACCUGCAGCAGCGCUUCAGCCUGCCCUCCAACAGCCCGCCGCUGUUCGAGGCAUUGCUGUCUGACACCACGACAAAGAUCGGACACACCGUCAAACUGACCUGCAGGGUCACGGGCCUUCCAGCGCCGGUGGUCACCUGGUUCAAAGAUGGCCUCCCCUUGGAGGAUGACCCCAGACACAUCAUCGCCGCAGACCGCUCCGGCACCUGUAGUCUCAUUCUAGACAGCCUCACUGCAGAGGACUCUGGACAGUACAUGUGCUACGCUGCCAGUUCACUAGGCAGCGCUGGGACUCUGGCAAAGGUGGUGGUCCAGGCUCCACCCAGAUUUGUGCGUCGCCUGGAGAGUGCCUGUCUGAUAGAAGGAGAUGAUAUCCAGUUUACCUGCUCCACACUCACCACCCCUUUACCACAAAUCAGGUGGUUGAAAGCUGGCAGAGCGUUGACUGAUCCUCAGAAGUACGCCAUCCUGAAUGAUGCUCGAAGUGGAAUCCUGUGUCUGACUGUCAUUGGCGCAACCAAGGCAGAUAUUGGACAGUACGAGUGUGAGCUUCGAAAUGAGUUUGGCUGCGUGAAGUGCAAGGCAGGACUGUGCCCUGCGUACGUGCCGCCGAUUGAAUCAGAGACUGGCCAGCCACAGAAUUUACCUCCUAAAGAUGCUGAUUCAGAGGGCUGGUCCACAGCCUUUGUCAAGAAAUGGCUACAGACUGAUUUCAGCCCGACCUCUAUUGCCAAGAUGCUGUUUCCUCCUGGACACCCUGAACAAGCUGAGUGUGGACUUGAAGAGGAUGCGCCUGCGUCUUUGUCCACGGAUCAGACGGCAAAGCAGCCGCCGUGCUACAUAGAGGAAGAAGAGGAAGAAAUUUUCAUUCCGGAACCAAUGCAGGAAAUCACAGAUGCCCCUCCAUCCAUCCAGGUACCCACUGAGGACCUUUAUGUAGAACCUGGUCAAUCAGCAACAUUUACAGCCAUCAUCACAGGAAGACCUACUCCCAGGGUUGAGUGGUACAAGGAUGGCGAGGAGCUUGCAGACAAUGAGAAUGUGGAGAUAGCACAGCACGGUGCUCGAUGCUCGCUGACCAUAUUUUCCCCUGAGGGUGAAGACAGUGGCACAUACACCUGCUUCGCCCACAACGACUCUGGCCAUGCCUCGUGCCAGUCUCAGCUCACGGUGGAGGAAGGUCCAUUAGAAUUCCAGGAGAGAGAAGUGGAGCUGGGGAAGAGAAGGAAACUAUUCUCUGUGUAUGAUGUCCAUGAGGAAAUGGGAAGGGGAACCUUUGGCGUAGUGAAGCGGGUGGUUCACCGGCGGACAGGCGAGGUCUUCGCUGCCAAGUUCCUGCCUUUACGGGGCAGCACUCGGACCAGGGCCUUCCAGGAGAGAGACUUGCUCUCCCGUCUGGCUCAUCCCAGGGUGGCCUGUUUGCUGGACUUCUUCUGCACCAGACGGACACUGGUGCUGAUCACAGAAAUUUGCUGCUCUCAUGGACUUUUGGACCAUCUACUACUACAAGGAUCAGUCCUAGAGAAAGAGGUCCAGUCGUACAUUCAGCAAAUCCUUGAAGGAGUUGGUCACAUUCACAGCAUGAACAUCUUGCAUCUGGACAUUAAGCCUGAGAAUAUUCUAAUGGUGUAUCCACCGAGGGACGAGAUCAAGAUCUGUGACUUUGGCUUUUGUCAAGAAAUAGACACAUCCAGACACCAGUAUAGCGUGUUUGGCACACCGGAGUUCAUUGCCCCAGAGAUUGUUCACCAAGAGCCGGUCACUGUGGCCACUGAUAUUUGGGCUGUGGGCGUGAUGACCUACCUGUGUCUCACAUGCCGAUGCCCCUUUGUGGGUGAGACAGAUCGAGCGACGCUGCUGAGAGUUGGGGAAGGGACCCUGAACUGGGAGGCCCCUGAUGUUACAAACAGGAGCCCCGAAGCCCAGAGGUUCCUUCAUGCUGUGCUUCAACUAGAUCCAGAAAAGCGACCGUCUGCUUUUGAGUGCUUAAGUCACGAGUGGUUUCAGGAUGAACAAUCAGGAGAGGAUACGGAUGAAAUCAAUACAAAAAGCCUGAAAGCCUUCAUUUCAAAAAGAAAGUGGCAGCGAUCUUUGACUUGCAUUGGGUCCGUCCUCACACUGAGGCCCAUCCCUGAGCUGCUGGAUGCUCCUCUCAGAGACACCGCAGUGACAGUGACCCGUGAGCCUCAGGACCACAGCAGCAGCUCUGUGAGCAGCGGCUCCUCAUCCGAGUAUGACGAAGCCGACUCUUGGGACUUUUUUCAACACUGUAGCCCAACGGAGGAGGAAGAGGAAACAGAGGAGGACUAUGACCCUCUGAUGGAGAGAGCACAGAUCCCGGAUCAUUUUUCCAAACUGCAACCAGAUGCAGAAGAGGAAGAAGUAACAUUAGGAGAGGAAGCGGAUGAGGAUGUAUUAGGAAGGAGGAGUGUACUGGAACGCAGUGUUAGCAGACAGUCAGUAGCAUCGUCAGAUGUGUCGCUACAGACCCCCCAGAGGGAGCGCAGGUUCAGCAAGGACAGCACUCCAUCCCUGUGCCUGUCGGACGGGGAUGAGGGUUCAGGCAGUGAUGGGAGUCGUAUCCCUCGGGGCAGCGUCAUCCGCAGCACUUUCUACAGCACCUCCCAUCAGCUGUCGCCAAUGUCCGCUAGACAUAUGUCACUGCGAGACAAAUUCCAGGCUAAGAAGCAGGAGAGAGGUCGCAAGCCGCUCAGGAGGAGCUUCUCCGGGCGUCUCAACGAGCCACUUAUUGAAUAUGUAGAGGAUGAGACAGAAACCACCCGCAGCCACAGACGGGGAUCCAUCCAGCCCACGGUGCAUAAGUUCUCCUCCUUUGACAGUGCAGGUGACCUCACCCACGCCAACGUCCCACCGCACAGACGGAGCAGGUCCCUGGAUGAGUCUUCUCGCCGGUCCCCCGACUCCACUCCAGGUGAAGAAGGAGGGUCCCAAAGACGGAGGGAAGAUUCUACAGAUGAUGAGAGAACCUCACCAGCCAUUCUGAGUCCAAGUCGACCCCCAAGAAGAAGAGGAUCUGUCGCUGCAGUGCAAAGACCUCUAAUAUUUGGCGCAACGUCUGGUCCCUCCAGCUUCUGUGCUGGAGACCGAAUGAAUGCCAAGCUCGAUCAGGAGCAAAACGAGGGGGAUACCUUUACUGGCUCCCAGGGGUCUCUGGCUGGGUCUUCUAUUUUGGAGCACGGCGGCUCUGAGUCUUCAAGUAGACUCGGUUCCUAUGAGGAGCUGAGUCAUGGUCGUUUAAGAGGAAGGUGCAGAUCAGGAGACAGUGAUGGGUACGAUGAUCAGGGAGAGCCGCUGAUUUCAUCAUCCCCUUGCUCGUUCCAGGAAGUUAAACUCCGAAGCUCGUUUCCCCAGGCUCCACCACGAAACCGCACCCGUUCUAAUCCCAACCUAUCUACAGGCAGCAGAGGCUACUCCAUGACCCCACAACCCCCGAGCUCCAGUCCCAGCCUGUCUUCUCUCCAGGCUCCAGAGAGGCCUCCCAGGGCCAAGGAUAAGAAUCUAAGCCACGGACUCCAAAGGCAUGCCUCUGCUCCAGCCCUGGAAGUGCAGCCGCCCACGGGAAAAUCACCUAAGUUGGGAUUCCUGAAAAUCUUCCGCCGGCAAUCCUGGACUGAACAUUCGUACUCGAAGCUGGAGAACACGGGGUUAGGACCCACGCUAGGAGAGAUCAUGAAGCCUGAUACACCCACCAUGUCUCUGAGGAAGAAAAUGAGAGCAUCAGCCUCCAGCCUGACCAAGCUGUUUUCCAGGUCCUCUAGUAAGGAGGAUGUGAGUAAAGGCCCAAUAGUAAAAGGAUCAGGUCCUGUCCCGCCUGAGAGGACGCGCAGCACGAGUCUGGAGAGUCCCAAAAAGAAGACCCCCAAACUCCUGCAGUCUUUUAAAAUACCUGCAUUCAAAAGGACAAAAGAUCCACCAGCUCGUCCCAGUAAAGCUGACGUCCUUCGAUUAGAUGGAGGUGGAGUCCUGUUGGUUUGGAAACCAGUUCAGUGUAAUGACGCUGUCACCUACUGUGUACAAUACUGUACAGACGGUGGAGAGUGGACAAUGCUGUCGGAGGAGGUGACAGACAGUUGUUUCGUGGCGAAGGAUUUACCCAGAGGAGCGUCGUACGUGUUCAGGGUGGGCUGUGUUACCAGGACAGGAGCGGGACCUUUCAGCGACGCUUCAGCACCUGUUGUCGUUGCUACUCACACUGAAGAGACUCACAUUCCGCUCAUCCAGACUGAGGAGUUAGGGUCAAAGGUCACUGGGUCUGAAGAACAAACAGCACACAGGAGUUACAGCUUCCUCUCAGAGAUCGGCAGGGGUCGUUUCAGCAUCAUAAACCUGUGUAGGGACGCGGAGACCAGCCAAGUGUUCGCUGCAAAGAUCACCCCUUACCAGGCCGAGCAGAGGCAGCUGGUGCUGAGAGAGUACCAGCUGCUGAAGAGGCUUCAUCACCCUCACCUGCUUCAGCUCCACGCUGCCUUCAUCACCUCCUGCUACAUGGUGCUAUUGGAGGAGCUGUGUCCCGGCAAGGAGCUGCUCCACAGCCUGGCUGCGAGAGAUCUGUAUUCGGAGACUCAUGUUGCAGAGCUCCUGGCUCAGAUUCUGAAAGCAGUCGACUACCUGCACAGCCGCCGGGUCAUCCACCUGGACCUGAAGUCUGACAACAUGUUGGUGGACGAUUGCAACCACCUUAAGAUUGUAGACUUUGGCUCCGCCCAGCCGUUCACACCUGGACAGCCCCUCGCCGUGGAGCACAUCCACGGCCUGACGGAAAGCAAAGUUUAUAUCAUCCUUCCUAAAGCUCCAGAAAUCCUUGAGGGUCAGGGCGUGGGGCCUGAAACAGACGUGUGGGCUGUCGGGGUCCUGUCAUUCAUCAUGCUGAGCGCUGACAGCCCGUUCCACGCGGAGCUCAGCUGGGAGCAGGACAGGAACAUCAAGAAGGGGAAGAUUCAGUUUGGACGGUGCUACCCUGGCCUGUCAGAAGGAGCCUUGAGCUUCAUGAAGAGCAGCCUGAAUAACAAGUCUUGGGGGAGGCCCACUGCAGCCGAGUGUCUCCAGAACCCGUGGCUUCGGGCCUAUCGCACCCCACACAGAGCUCGACACUCCAAAGUGUGUUUCUCCACAGACAAGCUUAAAGCUUAUCUGCAGCAGAAGGAGGAGAAACGGGAGCAGGUCUGUACCAAGCUGCAGUGUCCCUUCGUCCAGUGAGAAGCUCCGUUCAUGUCUCGUGGACGUUUCCUGCUUUGCUAAUGGCAGGUCAGCGCUUUGAAUAUGAAAAUAUUAUACGUCUUAAUGAGCUUUUUCAAUGUGUUGAUGCUCUCUGUGUUUUAGUUGAUUUAUUUAAUAUAGCAACAGGUUUAUUUUAAGCAGUGCCGUGUAGGAAUUUACUGUGUGAACUGAGAUACAGUUGACUUUGGCCCUAAUGAGAAGGUUUUUUUCUUUACUUAAAGUUGAAAUGUAUAGAUGUGUUGGAUUUUGUUUUGUGCUAAAUGCUUUAGUAAUGAAUAAAACAGUACAGAAAUAAUUCUA